GCUGGGCAACGAGGUACGCGCUUCACGAGCUGAAGCAGGUACAGGUGCCUUAUAUUACACAGGUGUUUACUAAAUUGAUUGCCUAAUAUCGGCUGCGAAAUGCCCUGAAAUCACGUACGUACGCACGGGUUGUAAUUUGACCAGCUGAGUCGUGUGUGUGCAUUGCAUGCAUUGACAGGCUAAACGGGCAAAUGACUUAAAAAGAGAAGACACAUAGGCCUAAUUCGCCCCCCUAAUUCAGUAAUUGGUUGGUUUUGCGGUUAGUAGAUUGGCUAGCUUGAGUAAUUUAUGCUUCGAUCAUUUUGACGGUAACCGAUAAAUCAUUCGCGAUGAAGAUCUGAACGUUCUUGACAUCCGUGCAGUAGUGGUGGGAGUUUGGAACCGACUGGAAAUAAUUAACAAGUGAUCAGCAUCGGAAGACAAAGAGAUUCUUGGCACAAUGGCAACACUCCACAAAGCAUCCAAACGGCCCUGGGGCACAAUCACCAAGCCGGACAGCAUGGGCCUGGGGCACCAGAAAGUCACAGCCUACGAGGUGGAACAGACUGUCAACAGGCUGUACUACGUGCCCAAGGCCCGAGAGGCCAAAUACACCCGGCCUAACCCAAAGAUGAACAGCAGCGACAUCAGGAAGCUCAUUGAGAGACUGACCAGCAAGUCUCCAGAGAAGAUUACGGAUUCCAAGCGGGUUCCAGAGGGGAAACUGAGAGAGAUUGGAAUUCUGAACUCGUUUGCUUGGAAGGGAUACAACUGACAAGGUACUCGCCAGCAGCAGAUGAAAGAAGAGUGCAGCCAGUAAACUACAACCAUUGCAACUGAUGAAGCAUUGAUUUCCCUAUUUAAAGCAUUCUUUUGAUAUGGAUUGCAUGCUUGAACAGUAGAUAUUGCUGUGUAACCUCUCACACGGGUUCUAGUGUAGUGGACACUGUGUUCACGUGGCAGUUUUUCAUAUAAUUAUAGCACUAUAGAAGCUAAUUCGGUCACCAUUCACCGAGGUGAAACCAUACUGGCUGUAUGGCUUCAUAUGCACAAACCCAAUU